GCCACAAACACUGAGCAGAAAUUUCCGAAUAGUAUAAAUCGCUUUUUUUAGCCUUCGGUGAGCGUGAUUUACGACUAUAAUAGAUUUAGAGUGUAAACUCGCGAAACGACGUGAAGUAAGGUAGAUUUGAAGGACGAUAGACAUGAACAACAUGGCGGGAAAAAGUGACGUCUCAACAAAUUUACCAUGGGUCGAAAAAUACCGUCCAAACAAGCUCGACGACCUUAUAGCGCACGAGGACAUCACAAGCACAAUAACGAGGUUUAUCAAGGAAGAUCGGAUGCCUCAUCUUCUAUUCUAUGGACCACCUGGUACAGGAAAGACUUCGACAAUUCUAGCAUGCGCUAAGCAGAUAUACACCCCGAAGGAGUUCAACUCCAUGGUUCUCGAGUUAAAUGCCUCGGACGACAGAGGUAUCGGUAUAGUACGAGGAGAGAUACUCAACUUCGCAAGCACCAAGACAAUAUUUAAGUCCGGGUUCAAGUUAAUCAUCCUUGAUGAAGCGGACGCGAUGACGAAUGACGCACAGAAUGCGUUGCGAAGAGUAAUUGAAAAGUUCACGGAUAAUGCACGCUUCUGUCUCAUCUGCAACUACCUGUCCAAGAUAAUUCCCGCCCUGCAAUCAAGAUGCACAAGGUUUCGAUUUGGGCCACUUUCAGCCACGCAAAUGGCACCACGGAUAGACCAUGUCAUUGAACAAGAGGGUUUGAACGUGACAGCUGACGGCAGGAAAGCCCUCGUGGAUUUGGCGCAGGGUGACAUGCGAAAGGCGUUAAACAUUCUUCAGAGUACAAGUAUGGCAUUCGAGGAGGUCAAUGAAAACAACGUCUACCAGUGCGUUGGUCACCCACUCAAGUCGGACAUUUCCAACAUCGUCAACGUCCUGCUCAACGAGAAUUUUCCCUUCUCCUAUGACCAAAUCAAUAAGCUGAAAAUCAGCAAAGGCUUAGCAUUGCAAGAUGUCCUCACCCAGGUGCACCUGUACGUUCACCGUGUGGAGUUUCCGGAUGAGGUAAAAAUGUACAUCAUCGACAAGAUGGCAGACAUUGAGUACAGGUUGGCAGCCGGAACGAGCGAAAAAAUCCAACUGAGCUCCUUAAUUUCUGCGUUCCAGAUGGCGAGGCAGAUGAUCAAGGCGUAAUAAUUUUGUUGUUUGAGAUUUUUAAUAAAUAUUGAUUUUGUA